UAAUUCUAGCCGUUAGUAUGCAAAUCACGCUUGGUCCAGCAAUGAAUCUCUCAGAGACAGCUCUUACAUCUUCCAAUGGUAGUUCUACUCCCACAUCUAGGAUAUCUGUUCAAAAAUUAUGUAUGGCAGUAGCUCAGUUUUCCCAAUUCAAGAGAGACCUUGCUAAGGAAACAGGCUUCGGUGGAAUGCUAGAAUUGAAGAUAAUGCACAAGACUAAUCUGAAGUUCAGUUCUUUCCUAAUGGAGAGAGUUGACACCGAGUCUUCAAGCUUGUUAUUAGACGUAGAUAGGGUUAUCCAAAUUUCUGACAAAGAUGUUCAAGACGUUUUUGGUCUGCCAAUUGGCACCAGAUUGAUUCCGAAUUGCAUGACAGACAUGUCGAACGCCUGCAUAGAGUUCAGCAGGCUUGCGGCUUCACAUAGUACCAAGGGGAUUCAUAGUUUGAAGGCUGCAGAAAUGAUAUUGGGUAUGCAUGUGGACGCCAACUCAACUAAAUUGCAGAAGGAUUGCUUCAAGAUUGCAUUUGUUAUCUUCUCAGUUGGUCACGUUCUCAACCCAUCUGCCAAGCAUGACUAUACCAGCGUUGAUUAUUGGGCUGCACUAGUAGUUCCCUCGGAGAUAAACUCAUUCAACUGGUGCAAAUAUGUUAGAGAUAGUCUGAUGAAGGGUGUUCGUAAGUUAAAAGCAGACAUUAUUAACCGUCACAGCAGAAUUCAAAUAAUUGGAUGCCACCUGCUGCUGCAGGUAAAUGUGCUUGACAGGAUUGAUCAGUCUAGCAAAUGCAUUCCGCAACAAAUAUAUCCAAGGAUCCAAGUCUUCGACAACGUCACCACGAAGAAAGCAAUAGAUGCAUUGAGUGACAAUUCUGGCUCUGAAAUAGUUUUUUGCGGUCCAAACUGUACCAUAAAAGUGCAGGCUCAAAAUUGUGGCCAACUACAAUUGUCAGAUCCCCCUCAGUUGAAUUGCCGAGUAGCACCGUCCACUGAACCUCCAAUUAUGUCAGUAAGGGAAGAUCCCAGGCAUUAGCCGUCGAGUUUGCCAACCAAAUGAGAAGGAAAUACCCAAUGAUAGUGAUUUUUUUCUGCACCACUUAAUUUGUUCUGUCACAGUUUAUUUUUUAAUUAUUGUCAUAACCAAGUUAUAACAAAUCGUUUGAAGUAAUAAAAAGUUUGUACAUAUUUUUGCAAUGCAACUCAAACUAUAUAUGUUUUUUCAGGCAGGCGACAAAAUCGGCAUUUUAAUCAAAGAACACAAUGCAUGCGUGAUGGCAAAUGUAGGCGAGUUCCGUCAAGCAACUCAGACGGCGAUGUUUAGUUUUCUUGACAUACUUGUGGAAUGUCUCGCAGACAGGUGUGCAUGCUGUAGCCUUGCUGGGCGUGCAUCUUGUCUUCUCAAAUGCACUUUUGAUCGAGGGAGCUCUACCGGUCGAAACACAUUACCACGUAAGAGGGUUUAUGCAAAAACAAAUGGUGCUUCCAGUAGCAGGCCACCUCAAAGGAACGAGGCAUCAGGUGGUCAAGCCAGCAUGGACAUCGACGAAGAUGCUGAUCUAAGUCAUAAAGACAUUCCCGAUAGUUUUAACCGGCUGGCACAUACAGUGGACAAAACUGUUGCACAUGUACUAAGGCUUUACAUGGACAUUGACAAAUCCUGCGAAGAUUUUGUUGGUUUCGCCCAAUGCACUGACCUUCCUAUGAACAUGAAGAACAAUGUGUCUGGAGAUUUGGCAACUAGACUAUGGUCGCCAUUGUCAAUCACAGAGCGUUGCAUUAACAUGCUAUCACAAAUCAUUGAGUUUUGGAUAUCGAAGUCGCCCUCCAACAUGCUCGCCAGACAUUGGGUUAUUCAUAAGACCCCACGGUAUAUCUCUAUCGGUGGUAACUCCAUCAAAACAGAGUUGCUUGGUUGUAAAACAUUGAGCCACGAGAGUUGUGCUGUGCUUGCUCGUCGUUUUGCCCAGAUUGAACGUGCAUUUGCGAAUUCCAAGGGUGAGGUCAUUUCGUGCCAGUUCAUGGAGCCAGAUUUUGCAACACUAGUUAUGAGCAACAUCGAUCCUAGGUAUGUCAAGUCAAUCCGAAUAGAACUUACAGAGGAGAAAGAAAUUGAGAAGUGCAGAAUGUUUUCUUUUCCCAGCAUCACCGAUGAUGGAUGGUGCGUUUACCAGCUGGACAUGCUUCGCAAAAGGAUGAUAGUGCUCGAUCCUCGUGCAGGACCUUUUGGAUACACUACUGACAUGGUUAAGUUCCACGAAUUCGUCAGCAACAAAAUUCUUGCAUGCUUCUUCCUUUGUGUCAAGCAUUUCUUCCGGAGUUGGCCUUGCACUGAUGCUGGAUGGUCACGGUCAUUACCGAUUGUAAUGUCCGACAAGUUCCCUAGCAAAGACCAUGGCAUAUGUGCUUUAUUCAUGGCUACCAAUCACGACGGUGAUAGCCUCGCACAACCCACUACAAAGGAUAAUAUCAAUUGUUUCCGCCGCAACAUUACCUAUGAAUUAAUGCGCAUCCCGGGCAAUGAGUCACAAAUACCAGCUGAAGCACUUCAAUCUAUCAGAUCAUCCCUCAAUAUGCCUUAGAUCAUCUCACCCUUUUUGAUCUAAUUAUCACCAGUUUGUACCGUUUAAAUUGUUUUGUAACAGACAUUUCUUCUUAGAUUGAUCAUGCCAUAUUAAUAAAUAUGGUUGUUUACUCGAUGACCCAUUUCAUAUCACUACCCUU